CCAGUUCCCGUCAUACCCCGCGCCAGGCCCUGCCCCGAGGCUCUGCGGGAGGCUGCCGGCUGUGCGGGUCGGAGGGUCUGGGCCGGGCCGGGCCGACGCACACCGGGCUGGGCAGGAUGUCGCGCCAGGCCGGUCGGGGCACCGAGAGCAAGAAAAUGAGCUCGGAGCUCUUCACUCUGACCUAUGGAGCUUUGGUCACUCAGCUGUGUAAGGAUUAUGAGAACGACGAAGAUGUCAAUAAACAGCUUGAUAAAAUGGGCUACAACAUUGGAGUUCGGCUAAUAGAAGAUUUUCUGGCCCGGUCCAAUGUAGGAAGAUGCCAUGACUUCCGGGAAACUGCAGAUGUGAUUGCAAAGGUGGCAUUUAAAAUGUAUCUGGGCAUCACCCCGAGCAUCACCAACUGGAGCCCAGCAGGCGAUGAGUUCUCCCUCAUCUUGGAAAAUAACCCUCUGGUGGAUUUUGUGGAGCUGCCUGAUAACCACUCAUCUCUUAUUUACUCCAACCUCUUGUGUGGGGUGCUGCGAGGAGCCCUGGAAAUGGUUCAGAUGGCCGUGGAUGUGAAAUUUGUCCAGGAUACGUUGAAAGGAGAUGGUGUCACAGAAAUACGAAUGAAAUUUGUUAAGCGGAUUGAAGACAAUCUCCCGGCUGGAGAGGAGUGAGCCACAGCGCAGUCUCCCAAAGGGACUGGAGGGACCAGUUGCUGUGGCCUGUUGCGCUUGUCAUGGAUUCAUAGGGAUUUAGUGCCCCCUUUAAAUUCCUACUCCUAAAGACUCACUGACUGUUUAAGUUGUUACAUUUCCAUUUUCCAUGAGACAACUCUCUGGGUUACUCUACUUAUACCACAGGUUCAUUCUAAAGAUUUUCACAGGGUGGAUAACUUUUUCAUACAACCCUCAGAGACUCUUUCUACGCUCAGUUUUUAGCUGGAUAUUUGGCUGUGUGCAAAUGUCUGCUCCUUAAAUGCUAAAAGAUCUCCAGGCGUUUCAAAUAUGGGACUGAGUUUCAUAACCAACGUUGGAGACCGAGCACAAAGAGAACCCACCAUGGGAGCUGUUUUCUUUUUGAGACACACAUGCAUUCCUCCCACUGAUGCUUGUGAGGGCUAUGCUAGGCUAGCAGAUGGAGGGGGUGCAGCCUGUGACUGACUGGCUAACACAUGUAUGUAGCAGCAAAGAAUGAAGCAUAUAAAGUGAAAGCAAUGGGAGUGCCUAAUGGAGCACACAGUAGGUCCCACUCUUUCCAGCUGUGCCUCUUCUUACUGAGGACACAGUGUCUUUUGUUAAAACUCUGCAAUAGGCUCAUGGUGUGAAAAAGUGAUGGCAGAGCACUUCAGACAAGCCCUUUUUAUCCAAAAUAAAGCAUGGGGGCUUUUCAGUGCAAAUGAUCUGCUUCCAUUUGGGGUAAUCGUGCUCUUUGGUGAGAGGGAUUUGGUGGCAGAGAACUUCUGGUUUGUCAGGGACUGUAUUUGAGGGUCAGCAACAUCAGGCUCUAAGUUCAUUUUGCAGAACAGAAAUUCAGUUGCCAUAUUAGAACACCACAACUCUCGCACUAGUCCUGUGAACACUUCCAGUCUCUGCUUGGAAAAGUAGCCCUGGUUAGUUUGCUAUGAAUAUUUGGUACUGAAGCAUUUGUUAUUAAAUACUGUUCUCCAAAAUAUACAAUGAGAUACUGCACUGAUCUCAGUUUCUUACUCAAAGCAAACUACUCCUAACUAAUUCUGAGUAUAAUAGUUAAAUACACAUAAAAUUCAAACCUCAUUAUUUUAAGGACUAGCCAGGGAAGCCUACCUAGAGUGUAGUAUCCUAACGGGAGGCUGGGUGCCUUCCUUUAGAGGAGAAUGGUAUAAAGAUGAAGAGCAUAACCAGCAUCUCAGGAGAUUCAAAUUAUCUGGAUCCUCCUUUUUGGAGGCAAGAAUUUUCAGUUUUUCUCCCACAACAAUGCUGCUAGGAGCCAGUCCUGUGGAACAGUGUUGUCUGGGUAUAUUGUGCUAUGGUGGUGGUCUGUUAUGUGAUAAGGUUUAUAGGGGGACAGGUAAAUUUCAUGAUGAUGCCCUGAAUAUUUUUAAUGGAAAAAAUAAAUUACAGUGGCUGAAAUGCAUCCAGCAUUUCACAGUGUAUACAGCCUGAAUUUCACUUCCCCUGUCUGGCAAUAUCUAGAUAUCAAAUCUAAACAGUAGAAAGUACUAAAUGCAUUUCAGCCAAUGUAAUUCCACUUUCCUGCUGUGAUGUAGAAAUACUGCACAGUGUGAAAUGGGGCUUUGGUAGUUUCUGUUGUGCAUAGUUAGAUUAAAAUAGAAGUUUCCACAUUAUUUUAAUUGGUAAGAUGCAGCAAUUUAUAUCCUCUGCUCUUGUUUAGAAAUAACUAAAUGAAUUGAAGUAGUGUUAUUGGGUCUAAGAUAAACCAAGAGGCUGGAAAAUUCACCCCUUUUGACACUUUAUUCAAAUGGAAAAUUCAGUUGAACAUUGCAAAGUGCUUGGAGGAUGAAAAGCAUUUAAGUGCAAAGUUGUAAGAGACAAAUUUUAACAGGCAUUUUCAAAAUUAACUCCUCUGGGACAUGAGUUGUGACUACCUUAAUGUCAGCCUUAGCCAGGAAAUCGUGGACCUGACUCUGUAGACAAAAGUCCCCUUUUAUCUGUAGUUGGGAGAUGUCUCCAAGGUGAAGAUGAUGAGCACACACUGAAAGAUGGUGUGAGUGAAGCUUGAGCUGCUGCCACCUCUGCUGUAUCUGUUCUAGGGAUAGACCCUGCAGGUCUGUCACCUUUCACUAGCCUGAAAUGCCCUUCAGUCCACUUCUGUAAAAUCCUUUGCUGGGUAUGUCUGUGACCCUGAAAAGCUCCCCCUAUCUGAGUCACCAUUUAUCUUGGCGUUCAGUGCAAUUACAACUCUGAGCAAAUCCUGCCUCUUUCCCUUGAUUCCUGAGGGGGAAGAUAGGUAUGGCUAUGAAGUGAAAUACAGUCACCAAGUUCAUUUCACCCAGCCAGUGGGUUGCAGAAGGGUUUGAAAUGGAACUGUCUAGAUUGUGAAUGCUCUUUCUAUGUAUUGGUCCAUCUGUGGGAUGCCAGUUCCUGUUUUGAACAUUGAGCUGUCUGGAAUGUCGCCCAUUCUGGAAUUCCUGCCUCACCCAAAUGAAUUCCGAUAGCUACAGGAGUUGAAUACCCAGAAUGGUAUCUUGCAAUUCACCCUUAAGGGGGCAGUAAGAGUCUAUAUUCAAAGAGUUGCAUUGACAGAGCUGAUGGCUCUGUUUGUCUAUUGGGUGUAGGGUGGUGUUUCAAAGAUGUGUAAGGAUCACUCAUUUGUUUCCCUUUAUUGGUGCUUGUAAACCAUUUUAAGGCUGCAUUUUAAAAGCCAUUGCAUUAAAAAAAAUCCCAAUGAUGA